CAAAUGUUGCUAUAUAUGCACUGGCAGACUUUUCAGAGUAUUGAUGCAAAUGUAUUGGCCUACUUUUACUCUUUUUUGCCAGGGACAGCAGGUAUUUUUGGCCGUUCACCCCUUACAUAUAUUCUGAAGUACUGCAUGCAUUCAUUUAACAAUGUAGUUAUUAAAACCGUGUAUUAACGGUUUGUGGCCGAAAUAGGCACACACACGCAAAAAAGCAUUACAGAGGGGGUACCCCGAUGGCGACAGACUACAGACAGUUAACUGUUCUACUUCUCUUCCCCCACCACAGGAGAGAGCAGGUGGGGCUACGUGGUGCCUGCGCACUGCCUCCCGAUGAAAAGCUUUGUGAAGUUUUUAAAACGUAUACAGAAACUUUUUUCAAGUUGGAUAGUUAAGACAUGGGGAAGAAAAUGAGCACAGCGCUAAUGUAACAGGACAGAUUCGGUUUUCUAUGAAUCCACAAGUAACAAUUAACUGCGUAGCUCUACAUGCUGAGGGAAUAUAAUAUGCCAUCCUAAAUAUGGAUUAAAUUUGUGAGACAAGACUAACGGGAUAGUAUGCGGAGAAUUUGGAGUUCUGGCUAAUUAAAGCGUGAAUUAUGAGAGUCAUUUUUGUUAAAUGGAAGUGUAUCUUAAAGUAGUGGCACAAUGAAGGCAAGUUUAUUGUAUUCGGGAACCAUCGAUUUACAGCUGUAAUGCUAUUGAAGAAGACCCCCAUUAAGAGACAGGUAGACCGUGUUUUGUACAUGCUGGAAGUUCAAACAGGUUUUGACAUCUGCGAUUUAGAGGCUACAGGGGGAUACCAGGAUAUAUCAGACCAGCGUAAAGAAAUCCAAAACUUUUUUUGUUUUACUUUAGUCUGAUUCAAGUGCAAUGUUCAGUAUAGAUUUCUCACCAUGCUGAUUAACGUUUUUGUGGGGGCCAAAGAGAGCCCUAGCCCUUUCCAUGGGUUUAUGGUUUGCGAGAAGACUUCAGUUCGGAUGGAGUUUACUGAACUGCAUGAAGAAAAGUCAACUUGCAGAUUGUCAGAGCAGCUUCCUCCUGUGACCCAAUCAUCAACCCCUAUCCCUGAAAGGGCACCACCACCACCACCUCCCUUACCCAACAAUGGGUUUAAUGGAUUACUUGGGCAUCCUCCACCUCCUCCUCCUCCUCCACCACCACCACACCUUAGUGUUCCACUGGCCCCAACAGAGGUUGUCCGCAGGUCAAAGUUGAAGAAUUUUUACUGGGAUACCAUUCCAAGUGACAAAAUUACAGGGAGGAGUGUAUGGAAUCUUUCCAGUGAAGAUGGAGAGGACUUCCAGUUAGAUACCAGUAAAAUCGAGGAGCUAUUUGGACAGAGGGAGAAUGAUACCCUGAGGCGACAGAGCAGCCGAUACAGCUUGCGGGCCAGCUCUCCACUUGUUCAUGACACUGACAAGGUGCUUUUGUUGGAUGCAAAGAGAAGCAUGAAUCUGGGGAUCUUUCUCAAGCAGUUCAGAAGGUCUGUUCCUGAAAUUAUUGAGGAUCUAAAACAAGGAGCUGGUGAGCAUUACGGGGCUGAGAAGCUGAGUGAACUCCUAAAGUUGCUGCCGGAAGCUGAUGAGGUCAAACAAUUUCAUAUGUUUAAAGGAGACCCCAGGAAGCUAGAGGCAACGGACCUUUUUGUAUUUUUGCUGCUACAACUUCCAAGUUACAGACUGCGUAUUGAGAUACUAGUCUUGAAGAUGGAGUUCCAUCCAUUGGCCCUCUCUAUACUGCAGGCUGUUUGCACACUACGAUCUGCUGCUGAUGAGCUACUGGCUUGCUCGGAGCUGCAUGCAACACUAAGGCUUGUCCUCAAGACUGGCAACUACAUGAAUGCGGGCAGUUAUGCAGGAAAUGCAGCUGGGUUUCGAAUUGCUUCUUUGCUGAAACUAGCAGACACAAAAGCGAACAAACCUGGGAUGAAUCUUCUUCACUUUGUGGUGAUGGAAGUUCAGAAGAACAAUCAGAACUUGUUAUCAUUCCCUGAGAAGCUGGAGCACACUGGAGCAGCAGCCAGACUGUGUGAAGACUCUGUGCUUGAAGAUUUCUUGGCACUGCGUCGGAGGAUAGCUUCCACACAUUCCUCCCUCCAUGUUGAAGAAGAACUUCAAGAGCAAAUGGGUGAAUUUUUAAAGGAAGCUGAACAGAAGUUGAAUGAACUAUAUCAGGAGGUUGUAGCCUUUAAAACCUCACGAAAAACCCUACUGGAAUUCUUCUGUGAGGAUGAAGCCACUUUCAAGCUGGAGGAGGUCUGCAAAGUCUUCAAAACAUUCUCUGAGAAGUUCAUUGCAGCUAUUCAGGAGAACAGUGAUAGGGAAAUUGCAGAGCAGAAACGUCUGAAACAAGCAAUGGAGCAUGCUGAAAAACGGAAUUCUACCUCUAUGAGUGUAUCUGGUGAGGCAGAGUUGGAUCAUGAUGAGUUAGCACAAAUACUGGAAAGGAACUUGCGUAAUGCAGGCAGCAAACGCAGUGGGCGCAGGUCUAAGUCUCGGUCAUUUGGGAUCCCUGUCUCUUGUCCACCUGCACCAGUCACACUACCAUUAUCUGAGGUACCAGAAUCUAUAAAAGUUCAAGAGGAAGUGGCUAAUGAAUUUAAUGUUAGUGCUGUUCACCUGCGUGAGUUGUCAGAAAAAGUCCUCAGCCAGCAGAUGGGGUAUCCUGUUGUCCAUGAAGAAAGAAAUAAGACUUCUGACUCCAUAGUGCCUACGAAGCCUAGAAAGGGUACUACAGAGAACAGUUCAAAGAAACACCACCAGUCAGUAUCCCAAAAUUCUGAGUUUCCAAAAGUGGGAGAAACUGUAGAAUGUCGGACCCUAGUAAAAGGACUGAAAUCUUAUGAAAAUAUUGCGGGAAAAAGGGCAGUUAAAAAUCUUUGCUCACGGUGGAGAAGACUGCAAAUGAAAGAAAAUGAAGGUACUGAGGAAGUGAGUAGAUUGCAAAAUGUGAGAAAAUAUAGUGAUGGAGAAGGAAGUAGUUUGGUAGAGGAAAAGGGAGUUCAUUGUGCAAGUUCUAGCCCUCAGCAAAAUGAUCUUGAUAUGUCCAGACUAAUUGAUGAGAAAAGUAAUGUGGGUGAUAUAGGCGUUGCAAUGAAAAUGGCAGUCUCCGAGCACAGAAACAGUCCUACUUCUAUUCCUGUUUAUCAGAGACACAAAGGGUUAAAAUCAGGUUCUGCAGUUACAGUGGAGCCCCUUACAACCAGAAACAUUAAACCACUUUUUAGUACUGGAGGGGUUAACUCUGUGGACAGGAAGCCUAACAUAGUAGCUUCACCGGACAGCAAAAAGACUUCAAAUCUGAAGGAAAAAAAAAAGUUUUCUGCAGGUUCUGAGUUAAAACCCCAUGAGAACAUCAUAAGACAUAGACCUGUCAAAACAGAACCGGACAUAAGAAAAGAUGUGCAAUCUCCACAAAAGAAUCUCACCCCACCAAAGAAAAUUUCCAGCAGAGACACUACUGUGACUGGGUGCCCUUCCCGCAAUACCCAAACACCUGGACCUGGGCGCUUAAUACUUUCAAAGACCUCACAAAGUACUUCAAAUCCUAAGCCUCGAAGUCCCAUUUCUCCAACAGUAAAGACAGUCAAACAAAGUGAACCUGUGACACCCAGUCAGAAAAUUGCACAAAACAAACUAACCAAGGUCAAACCUGAGACUCUCCCAGUAUGGAGGUAAUUUGGCUAUCUAAUACCCCAAAUGGGGUUGGUCCUUUAGACUUGUUUAAUUUGAAUGGGAUUUUGUCAAGAGUUUUGGUGAAAUGGUUAGCAGACAAGCACUUGGGAGAGGAUGGGCUUCAGUAACUACUCACUAGUGCCUUCUGUGAGGAUAUGGGAAGCAUUGGAGAAGUGGCAGGGUAAUCAAUCCAGGUAUGGUGAGCAACAGCUGUUUCAAAUGUUUACAAAUUUCCAUUUGAAUUUCAUUUUGGUUGAAAAGACCAUCUGAGUUUUGCUUACUGAAAUGGGGCAGGAUCCCUUUUUACACACCUCAGUAGUUAAUUGACUUGUGGAUUCAUGGCUCACUAGAUUUAGCGAUGUGGUUCGUUGGACCCAUGCAUUAAUUUUCAUUCCAUAUACAGGUAGCUCCAGCUUUUAUUGUAUCAACACAGUCUACCUCCUGCAGCUGAAAUCCUCUACGUUGGAAACAGUUUUAUUGCCUUCAAGUAUUUCAAAGAGGCUGGAUACAGUGCACUUCUAUGACUGCUUUAGGAGGAGGAAAAGCACUUGUUAGAGUGCUUACAUAGCUUUUGGUAGAAGAUCCAAAUUUUGGAUUACUUGCUGUAAGGUCGCUGAUAAAAUGGUAGCAGGCUAUCAUUUGUUUGGUCUUGUGGCUGCUGCCUUUGGGCUUUGGGUUCUAAACUUUGGUGGCUGAUGCCUACAUUAAUAGUAGGCUGCCAUAACUUAAGUAAAGCCUUUUUGUAGUCUAAACUAAGCUGUGAAUAUUGUCCUGUUUCUCAGCUAUUAAGCAGUUGAGUGAAGUGUAAAGGUUAAAAAAACUGAUCUACACGUAUUUAUGUUUAAGUGGGAGGUUCUGUGUCAAAGCUACAUAUGUUGCAGUCAAGCAAAAAACCCAAAACAAAACAAAAAAAACAUGUGAUCCAUUCCUGAAUAAAACUGCAUUGAAGAAUUUCCACAUGUGGCUUUGUUAGGUGUUAACAAUGGGGAUAAGGUAUGUGGAGUUCCUCUUUUAUACAAUGUAACUGUAGUAGAACCUACUAAGUUAUGACUAAAACUGCUGCUAUUGUCUGACAAUAGAGUACAUAAAACAAAAACUACCAACCAUAACUAAGAGUAAACAGCCUUACUGCAGUUGGUGAGUAAUGGCUUUGUGGUUUUACAGAACAUUUCACUGUAAAUGAGUUUAUUGAAAACAUGACUGCUUUGACAAUCACCAUAUAGCAUCAGGCCUGUAAUAUUUAAUAUUGAACUCAGUGAAAAUAAAAGUUUACUUUUUGUAUAAAUGAA